UUCUCUCUCAGCACCCCGAGGGCAUGUGGAACUCCGUUAGAGUUAACGAUCAUUAAAAUGCUCCAUCUUAGACUCACCUGCUUGCUGGCACAGCAGAGCCCCGUGAGGCCUAAUAAAGUGGGGUUUCAUUCAGUAGAACAGAGCCUUCAACCUCCUUAGAUAAUGACACUAGCUCUCUCACUGAUGGCUCUCUCCAUCAACUCGGAGCAGUAGUAGUACUGGGGACCUGGCUAUUGAGACCCCCACUGUGCAUCUGACCCAUUUGAUUAAAGAACAGUCUAAGGGUAGGAGGCAGCUGAACACGGCGGCGCCAAUUUGCAGAUGUUAUCGCAGGUACAGCAAAAUCCUUGUGUUUCUAGCUCCAACAGUGCAGUAAUACCUAGCAAUAAAAAAAAAACACUACACACAAAAUCCAGAAAAAUAAGGAAAUGUAAGAAGUAUCAGAACAAGCAAUGUCAGAGACCGGAAUAUAAAGCACAGCAGUAUUUCAGUAUAGCUGUAAUUUAUGAGCUUGGCUAGACAUAAUUACCAACCCCAUUGUGUCUGAUUUGGCUUUAAAAGAUUUCCUCUCUGUCAAGCUCACAACACCACCACUGCUGGCUGCAGCCAGGAUGAGUUGUUUUAGGAUAGCAAACGUCAUGGCAAACCUGCACUGUCAAGUCUUUUGGUGUCCCCUGAAGCUUUGGUACUGUCUUGUGUGGGUGGGGAGCUGCCACAGCAUCUCAGAUUGGUAUGAUGAAUAUGUCAUCCACAUCAUACAGGGUCUAUCAACCUAUCAUUAUCAAAUGCAUACAUGUAUCAUUACUGCAUAGAGAGAGAAUACACACCAUCUUGCAACAGAUGAUUAGUAUUUUGCUCACUGUUCAGACUGUCAAGCCUGUGUUCUCCCCACUUUUUAAUGUUAUUUUAUAGAAAAGUGACUUACGUGUUUCAUUCACACCACCCCUUAACAUGUGGUAAACAUUUGAAAGAAGUCUGUGUGUAUCUGUAUAUUACUCAUUGCAAAGCUAUUAUACAACAUUUUAUAGACCCCCCUCACCCUUUAUGCUGUGACUUCUCUGUUUCCUCUGUUUCUGUGAUGUACUCUUUGUCUGGAGGCAGUCGUAAUGAUCACGGCUGUUUCUGUGUUCUUUCAGUACUGGAUCAAUGAGUUCACCACCAAUCUGGGAAUUGGCGUCUUUCACUCAGGGAUCGAGAUCUACGGCAGAGGUAAGGAAACCUCCGCUGCUAUGAUAACAGCCCUUGGUGGGGCUGGCUGACCAAUGUUCAACCACACAACAAGGCACUCCAGUGAACUGCUGGGCUGUCAGGUGCUGCUUGGUAGAACUUCUCUGUCUGCAACGCCUCAUCAUCAAGUAGAGAGGGCAGUGAGUCAGAUACUAUGGUACUUUUAGUACCUGACAUUAGGAUUGUAACAGAUGGUGGUAGAAAUAACAUAAGGAUGGAAGGAUAAACAUGUAAGAAGGGUUUCAAAUAGCUGUAUCUGCUAACUCGUUGUUACUCAUAAUGCCUACUCAUGUCUCAGAUAAAAACAAGCCACAUCAACCCAACCUGAGGAAUCUUUGUUAGCUAAUUACCAGCUUCACUACAAACCGGACACACUUUUGCCAUUUUACUGUUUCUGGCUAUUUCUGUUAUUUAGGAUCAUAUGGGUUCUUCCUCGAAUUAAAAAAAUAGACUCUAAAUGACAUUGCCACGAGCUGCACCGCAGAUAUUGAGAUUAGCAAGUUGCAAGACUGCUGUCACACACAGAAUCUGCGCAUGUGCACAGGUUCACUUCACGCUGUAACAGCGUGGUAGCCAGGGCACCAAACCAGCAGAGAAGUUGAGCCUCGCGCUUCAACACUCUUAGUUGUUGUGGAAAUUGACCAACUGCUGUUUACUUUCUGCAUCUGUCAUAUCGCUGAGUCUAUCUUUUUAAAAUCGAUUUAUUCUAGAAUCAGCCUCCCAGUCGCUCAGCUUUAUUGAUCAAGGAGAAGUGGAAGUGGUAGCUUGUCUUUUAGUUGAAAACACUGGUGGUUCAUUCUGUUAAACUCAGCGUCUCGCCUGUGGUUUGAACCUCAUAGCUCAGCCUAUUAAAAGCUGCUUUCAUCUAUGCAUUUUAAAAGAAAGCUCUGAAUCCAAAUAUAUCCUCAUGGCAACCCCUUCAGUUUUAUGGUAGGACGGACCUGGGUAUUUCUAAUGCCUGGCUUGUUUACCCUUAAUUGGGCUGAUUCAGGGAGACUGACAAUCCCAGCAACAGAUGGUGUAGAUUAGGCACACAAUUAUUGCCUUUUACAUUACUUUAUGAGCAGCGCAAGCUGGCAAUUAUUUACUGUGUGUGUCUUUAUGAGAGAGUGAGUUUGCCAAAACUGACACAGUUUAUAAAUUCUGUGCAAUGGAUGUGCCGUGUGUCUCUGUGUCAUUCAUGGAGAGAGUGCAUGAGUUAUUGAAAUUCUGAUCAGCAGGCAGCCCAAUUAGUGAACAGGAGUUAGUAGCAGGGUGGAUCAGAGGGGCGGGAACAGGGCUCUGGAGAUCCCCAUCAGCUACACCCAUCAUGGAGCUGGGAGCUAUAAGGACUGAUGGAGCUAUAAAGACCUUCCACUACCUUCCUUAGACUGCCUCAGCCCGUCACAACAGACUACAAUACUACCCCCACACUCACCUCAAACACAGCAAUUCCGUUCUUUUACUUUUAGAUCUGUGUGUAUUGUUGUGAAUUGUUAGAUAUUACUGCACUGCUGGAGCUAGGAACACAAGCAUUUCGCUACACCCGCAAUAACAUCUGCUAAAUAUGUGUAUGAGACAAUACAAUUUGAUUUCAUUUGAACACCCCCCCACACUCACCUCAAACACAGCAACACCACCCGCCCCACACUCAACGCCACUCACCCCAACUAACCUCAAAUACGGCAACACCACCCCACACUCACCUCCACCCACCCACACUCACCUCCACCUGCUCCACACUCAUCUCAAACAUAGCAACACAGCCCCACCCGCCCCACACUCACCUCCACCCGCCCCCACACUCAUCUCAAACACAGCAACACCACCCCCACCCGCCCCACACUCAUCUCCACCCGCCCCAACUCAUCUCAAACACAGCAACACAGCCCCACCCGCCCCACACUCAUCUGUGAACUUCCCACCCACCUCUACUAGUACUACUGUUGUGUGCUAUGAAUCUUUGUAUAGUGUUUUUGACUUCCUCUGUGUGAUCUGAUCAUUGUCCUGAUCUUUCAGAGUUUGCCUAUGGAGGACACCCAUAUCCAUUUUCAGGGAUAUUUGAGAUAACGCCAGGGGAUGCCACAGAACUCGGGGAGACAUUCAAAUUCAAGUGAGUAUCACGGCUUAAAUCGAGGGUUUCUUGAAAAACAAGGUAUGGUUAGUUGCCUAGUUGAGCUAAAACAUGAGAACAUCCUUAAACCUGUUUGUAGUGGAACCAGUACUGUUGUUGACGUUUUGGUAGAUAUGUUUACUUAUGUGUUCUUUCUUCACUGCUUGUGAUGGAUUCUGAAAACUGGUCAUUUCUAUUCAUAAUGGUCAAGUUUUUUUUUUCUUCUGUUAAGCAGAACAUAGGAUCACGAGAAUACCGAGAAGUCACAUAGGAUUUCUGCCUCAAGCGACACUGAGGAUCACAUGAAUAGUUAAUGGUUACUGACAGUUUUUUUCUUCAGUUGUUGUAGAGACAACCUGCAUAGCCAAUUUAUUUUCUUUAUCUAGCAAUAAUUUUGUGACAAGGAUGCUCCCUAAAAUGGUCGUCAUUAUUUACUGGCUUGUUGAAGUGUCUAGCCUUUACAGCUAUGUUCAAUGAAGCACACUGUUACAAUUAUAGUGAUGGAGGAGGAAGAAGAAGAGUGAAAUCUCAGCUGGACUUACAUAGAAUGUUAUUUACACACUUGCCUGUAUAAGAGUACAGAAGAACGUGUGUGUGGAGUUGGGGUGUUUCUACAGCAUGUCCUUGCCGAUGUGCGUGCAUUCAUGCAAGCCCCUAGUUGCCGUCUGGCUACUUUUGAUUGUGUGUGUACUGUGUGUGUGAGGCUUGAGCGAGUGGCUCUGUAGCUUGUUUGCAUAAAUGAUGCUCUAGUUGAGCAGCCCCAUGGCACUGGAGUGUCUCUGCUACUGAUGCCAAUGAGUAGAACAUGUUCUAAAUAAACGUUCUGUGUAUGGUUUGUUUAUUUCUUUGUGUGUGUGUACACCUGCUAUGGGAGGAUACUAUAUGGGAGAGACGAUAAAACAUCACAGUAAUGUUGGUUGGAUGACGCAAUUGUUUUGCGUUCUACAUAAAAACAACUUGCAGGAUCUUCUAUAUAAUCAUUUCCAGGGGUUGCCUAACUAUUGUCAUGUCCUCCCUCACAUAAUGCCUCCAGCAUCCAUUUUCCUAACUUACCUUUAUCUAUAUAGCUCUAUGUGCACUCUACUUAUUUGUAUAUAAUGUAUGUAAACUCUGUGUAAACUCCUCUGUCUGUAUUCUGUCUCUAAAUGUUGUCUAUCACGAGCAGCACCAUAUCACUAAGUAACAUUCAGAGUGUGUGUAAAUGUCCUUGGCGAAUGAAGAUGAUUCUCAUCUUCUGAUGGUGGUUGUUGAGUGAUAAGGCUGCUCCUGUUUAUGUACAGCAAUGCUCCGAAGAUACUGUAGUUGCUAACACCGUGGUCCAUUUCUCGCCCACAGCUCAGACAUGCUGCAUUUUGGUUAGGCUGAGUCACUUCUGUGAAGAUGAAGAGCUUCAACUAUAAUUGAAGUGAACUCUGCCUGUGUAGUCAUUACUCAGAUGGGCCGGUCUGUUGUGUAGAUUCCAUGCAUAGCAUUUUUUAUCUAAAAUGAUAAAAGGUAGAUUAUGAAGUCUUUAGGCAACAUUUUACAUCCGCAAAACUGCCCUUGAGCUCUGCAAAUAAUCUUGAAUAGUCACAAUAAGUAGGAAUUAUAAUUUCUCAUUUUAAAAUGUAAAACAUUGCCUUGUAUGGUGAAAAAGGGUGCUUAGAAUUGACCUUCUCCUCUGUGUUGAUCCUGUUCCUGGCAUCAGAGAGGCCAUUGUUCUGGGCAGCACAGACUUCACAGAGGAGGAUGUGGAGCGCAUUGUGGAGGAGCUGGGGAAGGAGUACAAGGGGAAUGCCUACCACCUCAUGCACAAGAACUGUAACCACUUUUCCUCAGCCCUGUCGGAGGUAAGGGACGCUCUGAACAUUCACACACACACACACACAUAUAUUAUUUAUGCCCAAGCUCUCCUUAAGGAAAGACAAAGGCCUAUAUCCCUGCGUUGUCCAGGGUGCGUCACAGUGGUCCACAUAAGACAAGAAUUCCAUCCUCCCCACCAGCUCACCUCUUGUCACCAGGGCUAGAGCAUUCUAGGUCAGGGUGCCUGGAUGUAGUGCCACUUUGCCCUGACGUUGAACCUGCCAGAUGCCAGGUCCAGCCUAGCACAGUCUCACAAAGAGCAGAGAAGGAGAAUCCCCCACACCCCACGGGACAGAUGACAAAUAUCUCAACCUGUGUUAGUUCAGUGUGUUGAGUAGAAGCCAAGCAAUUUGAGUUUAUAAGUACAGUGUUAGAGCAGAUUGGUGGAGCGGGUGAAUAAUGAGUAUGAUUACACCCAUCAUUUGUGUGGCAGACAGGAAUUAGAGAGCUCUGCUGCAAGCCCAGACACACUGCCCCAGCUGCCAGGCCCACUGCCCCAGCUGCCAGGCCCACUGCCCCAGCUGCCAGGCCCACUGCCCCAGCUGCCAGGCCCACUGCCCCAGCUGCCAGGCCCACUGCCCCAGCUGCCAGGCCCACUGCCCCAGCUGCCAGGCCCACUGCCCCAGCUGCCAGGCCCUGUCAUACACCACUGACAGAAACUCCUCCUGACUCAUACACCUACAUAUGCAAAUACAACACACACACAUAUACUAGCAAACACCUACAUAUGCAAAUACAACACACACACAUAUACUAGCAAACACCUACAGACAAACUCACUCUCUCACACAUGUAUGCUCACACAAUGUGACUGUUUGAAUAGAAUUCAUUGCAUAGUUCAAUGAUUUCCUCAGAGAACCCAGUGUAUUUGAACCAAAUUGUUCUAGAGAGAGGAAAUUAGGCUAAUUGUCAAUUCUUACAGAGCAUUCUGUCUUCUCCCAUCAUUUACACCCCUUGGUCUUGUUGAUUCCCAUCUUUAUAAUGAAACACUGCACUAGUGCAGUGGGUAUUCACUUCUGUGGCCGUUCCUGUCUAUUAGGGACUGUCUUUAGCUGUGAAGUACGUGUGAAUGUGUUUCCUGGGGACGGUGAAGAGGGAGGUGACUAAUACUCAGAUGUCUCUAACACUGAUAAUCCUCUCUUCAUUUGAAAGGCAAAUGAAGUGGGCCUGAUGACACUCUGGAUAAGAACAUAUUUACAGUGAAACCAGCACCUCUUCCUCUUGAAGUGUUGAAACACUCAUUUAGCUCGUAUCAUCUUGUUAACACUGCUACAACCACACACGUCUAGUAUGACUCAAUGUAUGACUAUAUUGUGUAGACUGAGUCAGAGCGUUGUUUCUAGUCAUUUGCGAUUCCCACCCAAAAAAAAGUAUAUUAAUGUAGCAAAUAAUUUUAAGAUGUAUCUAUGCAUAGCCUAGAUAUGUAAUCUUGUUGUAGAGUCCUCUCCCUAUUGGAUGAUAGAAUUGUUCAGGAAUAGAAUGGAGAUGUCUGCCUCAGGCAUACAGCGCUUCUCUCUCUUCCUUGUUGUGUGGGAAGGAUCUGUUUGACAGUUUCAUUUUCUGACAGCCUGAUUUGCUCGUGGGAUUAUGCGUGAUUGCUCCACAGUGAAGGAAUCUGUGAGAGAGAACUUUGAAUGGGAUUAGCUCUGCAAAGACCACCACAGAUCCCCAGCUCUAGGUGUGAUAGUUAUUUAUUUCAGACCUGUUAGGUUUCUGUACAGAAAUCCUACAUCCAGGACGGCAGCCUAUCAUUGUCUUUCAUUUCUCUGUGGUCUAUUUUAGGUGAUAAUUUGCAAAAAAAUGAUGAUACUGUAUGGGAGAACACAGCAUUCCUACUGAAACUGAUUUCUCAACCGCAGAGAAUCAAUCGACCGAUUGGUAGCCUAUUUCUCAUGGGUAGCCUAUAUAGACAUAUUGUCAUUGGUAGCCUACAUCAAGCCUCAUGAGCAAUGUCUUGCCUUUUCAUGUGAAAUGUAGGCGAAGACUAACAACCUCACAAUUACAUUGUGCAGUUGUGAACAUUAAUGUCACUGCUCACAAGGAUGUUAACCCACACACAAUUGAAGCCCAUCACUGCAGGCUUGUUUGAGGCGUUAAGGCUAUUUUAUAGCUCCAUCCCAUCAGGCCACAGCCUCCAGAAUGAUUAUCCUCCUCUCUGCCUCAGUGCUGCUGCUGUUAUCAUCACACUUAGCUUGUUUUUCACAGCCAGAGGCUUUUCCCAUCCAAUACCUGGUUUUUCCAAAGUGGAAUACUUCCAUUACACGUCAAGAGGACUAAAGAUACAAAUCUACAGCUAAUACCACUUUGAAAGAAAGGGCAAUUUGUGUUUCUCUGCAUUUACUGGGUUGGUUUGGUGUUCGCUUUGGACCACAAGGUUUGAAAAUAUUGGUUUUAUGGUUGCACUAUUUUCACAGGAAAUAUAUUUUUAUCGUGAUGUGAGAAAUUCUAAGAAUGUUAGAGAAGCGAGAGGGGACAGAUAACAAUUCAACACCGGUGUCUUUGUCAGAGUCUUGACCUCUUCCAUUCACUGGGGUGAUAACAUGUUACUGUGCUGAGCAAAAGGAAUGGUCCUGGCUAGUGGCCAUUAAUGAAGUCAUUACAUUGUAAUGAUGUCCGUACUUAGCAAGACGAUACAUCCACACUAUUUUCACAUUGUAAUAGCACCCAGUCCAUCAGAUGAAUAAGGGUCCAAUUGAAUACAGUCUAGUGGAGUACAUUCCAAUACCUCAAUGACCAUUAGCUAUAUCCUGCUUAGUAGGGCCAAAUGCCUUACUGCUACAGUAUCAGCAGAUCCAUUUCCAGUAAGGCCUAGCACUCUAGUAUCAGGUAUCAGUGCUGCAUGUCUCUGUUCUACUCUGCGCUCUUCCUGUCUGUCCAUCAGAUCCUGUGUGGCAGGGAGAUCCCGCGCUGGGUGAACCGGCUGGCCUACUUCAGCUCCUGUGUGCCCUUCCUGCAGAGCUGCCUGCCCAAAGAGUGGCUGACCCCGGCCGCCCUGCAGUCCAGCGUCAGCCAGGAGCUCCAGGGGGAACUGGAGGAGGCAGAGGACGCCUCCGCCUCUCUGGCCUCCAUGAGCUCCAUGCCUUCCCCAUCCCUCUCCUCUCCUUCCCCAUCCAGGCUGCCCAGGGUUCCCCGACAUCAGCCCCGCCGAUAGGACUAGUCCCAGGGUUCACCAUUGCCUUCAGUGACAGGCUCUGGCAGGGCCCCUCCACAUGGACAGGCUUACUGUACUGUACACCACUCUGCCAAUAGACACUAACCCCAAACCCAACCCACCCCCUACCUACCACCCCUGCCUACUGCGCUCCUGAUGAGACUUGCCAUCCACCAGCGGCAUUGAAGCCCCGCCUACACUGACUUGACUGGCAGACUUGGGGUAAUGGCUACAGGCUCGGAGUACUGUUGUUUUACACGUAAAAAACAACAUUCAGUUCAUGUUUUGUGUAAUUUCUUCAUUUUCUUGGCCUUUAUUUUAUAUACUCAGGACUCUAAAAAAAAUAUUUUCUAUGUUUAGCUUCUUUUGCUUUUCUAACGCUUUAGUCAUCACUCUAUAUAGCAUUUUCUAAAAUGCAUUUUUAAUCCUCUUUUGUUUACAACCUGUUUGUGUGUGUAUGUUUAUGAGUGUGUGUUUUACAAUUACCGAGAAGCUACCACCUGGGCCAAACACCUCCACACUUUUCUUACGACACACACAGCUGAUGUCUACCCCCGUGGCAGCUGUGCCUGGAGAUUUUUACUGUACCUGCUCGUUGAGCUCUGCACUGUUUCUCUAUAGUUUACCUGUUUCUCUCUUUGUAAAGCAGCGGACUCCUUAACCUAGAAUAACUAACUUACUUCAGAUGUUUUACACCGUUUUUAGAGUCUUCUGUGUAACUGAAAAUAUUUGUAUCUCGUUUUAAAGUUAUUAAAGAAAAAUAUAUGACAUAGAUUGUUGUUUUAAUGAGUUAUUAACUAAACGUAUUCUCCCUACUGAACAUGGUGCUGUUGUCAAUAUAGCUUAAUUACAUUUCUAAUAGCCAGGAGGGAGUCAGCCUAUUUGCAUGCAGACUCCCCCCUCCUCCAUCUGGGUUGCUGCUGUUGCCCUUGACUGCAAUAACAUCUCUGUGACAGAAAUCUGAUUGGCCUCCAUUGUUUGGAUUGUACUUGGCACAUACCUAUGGCUAUUGAACAACACUCAACUUGUAUUAACAUGAGUUUUCCUGUUGAAGUAGCAGUUGUUGCCCAAACAGGAUAUUUUCCCACAGUAUAUGAAGGCUCCAGACUGAUUUAAUGUUAGCAAAGAGACACUGUAGAUUUCCCACCAUUCAUGACUCCAAAAAAAGCUAGAUUCAAGCUUACUGUAUUUUCUCUCAAGAUAAAUGUUCUGUGAAACUGACCAACCUGCUCAGGAUGUGCUACCUCAAUGGGAAUUUUCAUGGAACUUUCUGUCAAAUGGAGAAGUUCUGGAAAAGUGAGCUGUCCAUCUUAACUCAAAAGCAGUAGAGCUAACUACUAAAUGUGAUCAUUAAUAUUUACUCACUGUGCCUUUUUGACCCUAGAUACGCAAUCCUGUUAGCCAGAAUUUUCCAUUUAGAGUGAGGUAGCUCAGAUUUUCAGACCACCAAGGUCCUUGCUCGGUUGCCGUCAGUGUCAACUGUCUUCACUCAGAUCUCUGUGUUGACAUAUUUCCACCUCUCAUCACCAGCCAAGGCACCAAAGGAUCAAGCCCCUAGAUCUACUCUGUCAUGGUGACUUGAAUGACACACUUCAGAUAUGUCAGGAUGGCUUUUUCCUCUGGAAGUCCUGUUUCUGUUACACCUCUGAGGUGUGAUGACCCCUAGUGGCGUAGUGAACACAUUGCCCUGUUUAAAUGAAAAAUAUCUCCAUGAACAGUGCGCUCUGUAGCAUCAGUUUAUUGAAUGAUGAGGAUGAAUCUAUUGAAAUUGACCGAUCAAAAUCAAACAACCAUUUUUAAAAUGAUUAUUAAGCCCCAUUGAAACAGGAGGGGACAAUUAUUGACAGAAUUGAAGAAUUCUGAAUUUUAGUGUUUUAGAGGCGGGUCUCAGUGACGGUCUCCGACAGAGUAACCACAGUCUGUGUCUCCUCUGGCUGCCUGCUCAGAUUAUUUUUACAGCAGAGUAAAGCCUCCACUACCUCUCUGGGGCCCUUAGUCAUGAAGAUAUAGAGGAACGGGUCCAUUAGAGGACUCAGAUACAGCAACAGAUUGGCAAUCAGCCCUAAGUAUCGUACUUCCUCCUUCAACGACUUGAGCAGAAUGUUCAGAAUGAAGGGAAGAAACAGCACGGUAUAAUUGGUCAGGAUGACCGCCAGUACGCCCACAGUCCUUUUUAUCUGGAAAUGACGCCAAAAUAAAAGAUGAGGGUAGCAGUGUCAGCCGAUAGGAUACUCCCAGUGGCAGCCUGUGGUCUUCCAAUGAAACUGAAAAUGUCUGAAACAAGAAGGCUGAUGACAUGGACAGGUACAGGGUUGGGACCUUUGACCAGGUUCUUCAUGGUGUAAAGGGCCAAUCCAAUGGCAGGUAGCCCAACGGCAAAUGUUAUCCAGCCAAUGACCUCGGCAACGCGGUCAAAAGUAGUGUCAGCGUUUGUGUUGUUAACAUAUCCUAUAUUCAUAUAAUUAUCCAUGGGGUCUGGUCAUUUGAGGUGGUUUAUUAUGUCUUUUCGUUGUGUUUAGUUGCAUUUACUAGUAUAGUCAUGAGUCAUGUGACCGCGUCCUCUCGUCUUUCACACACUAGAAUGACAGCAACAUGGAAGAAUGUAUUAAAUUCAUUUAGGAGUAUGUGUACAACAUUUUAAAUAAUCACAUUUGUUUAGUCUGUCAGUGACAGGCUACAGUACAUUCUAGGCUACAAACAGUACGUAGGCAUUCUCCCAAUAUCACUUCUAUGUCACUCUACUUGUCCUUGAGCAGUUUAACUGUUCUUUCUUUAGUAAGACCUGUUGCUUAAAGGCUACUCACAUACUUCCAUCCCGUGUUCAUGGAUAUUUUAUAUUUAAAAUGUUUCCUGAAUUCCAUUCAUCCCCAUAGCAUUUAGAUCCUUUGGUAUUGCCUCCCCCUGCCAAAAAUAGACAGAGAUAAUCCAUGGCCUUACCUGAAGUAGGUUUGGAGAGAACAGCAUGGAAAGAGCGUUGUGUGUUCCUCCUCAGUGUAUUUUACCUUGCAGUUGAUGGGUGAACGUCAAAUACUGUACCUGGAUGAUCCCCUGUACCUGGAUGAUCCCCACAGUAGGUGAUGCGACUGGUACCAGGUCCAUGCUAUGAAUUGGAUUGAUUUGCUUUUGGCUUUUUUAUAUAAAUGUUUUAUUGGUGCUGAAUAGCAUGGUCACUUAUCUUCCUAGAACUGCUAGAUAAACGGUUUCAAUUAAGCUAUACAGACUCACAUUUCCCUAAAUUCCAGUUGAGCUAUGCUGAUGGUAAUGUAAAGUGUCAAUUUGCAUUUUGUACUUUGCUUAGUUUAUAUGUCAGGGCCUAGUUCCUCCUAACAGACACUGAUGUCAUUUUAACACAUUCCUGUAACACAUCAAUGAAUCUUAAAGGAGCUCAGUCAUCCUAACCAACAACACUCAAAAGAGUGGUUGAACUCAUGAACUUCCCUGUCAAAUAUCUUUCUUUAGUUAAUCAACUAUGUGAGCCCACAAUUUCAACAUUAGUGACAAGGAAGUCAUUUUUCUGAAGUAUUUGCUCAAUAAUUUGUUUAAGUUGCAUUUGUGUGUGGUGGCGGACUGUUCUGACUUCAGCAUUAUGUCUCAACAUAUUUGUCUUAAGUCUGAUGGACAGAGACAUUGUAUCUGACCUAUAAAAGUGUGGUGCAGUAUUGCUAGUAAGAGUUUGGUUUUUAUUCUCAAGUAGCUGCCUGUACUACAUACAACACAUCAAGUCUGUGAAUAUAAAACUAACAGCUUCUUCACCCAAAAUGGUGUAUGCGUAUUAUAAGAUGUAUGCAUGAAGUGUAUUAUGUUAUAUGUAAGAUUUAAUAUUCCUGUUGUCAUUAUGAAAUACAAAGCAGUGAAGUGGAAACUUUGUGUGGAAUGGAUUAGGAUCGGGGUCUUUUAACCACUGUUAGUAAUGUCAUGGUUAUCUCCCUGGCCAAUCAUCUAUCUAAGACUGACAAAUAUAUAGUCACAAAAAUUGUGCAAUGACUUUUGACAUCCUUGGAUGGUGAAGGACUUCCUGUCUAACUGUAUUUAAGGCCCAGCCACUGGGUGCGCACAGUGAGUAUCUGUGGCAUAAAAAAAAAACAGUUACUGGACAAUUUUUUGCAUGUUUCUAACUUGCAUUUACACUUCCUGAUAAUUGGUUGAUUUAUUGUAAAAGGCUUAUUGCCUCUUCUGAUAAGAGCUACAAGACAAACAGAAAUUCAUAUAAAUUAACCUCCAGGUAAGACCGUACUGUAGAUUUCACAUGAUUGCUAAAGGGCUAUUUGAACUUUGCUUGUGCUACACAUGUUAAACACUGAAUUGCGCAGUGAUUACUUUAAUUGUUUUCUAUUAGUAUGUGAUAUUCAUAAAUGUGAUUAUGGCUCUAUUUGUAUUUAUUAUGGAUCCCCAUUAGCUGCUGCCAAGGCACCAACUACUCUUCCUGGGGUCCAGCAAAAUUAAGGCAGGUAUACAUUUAAAAAAACAUUACAAUACAUUCAUAACAGAUUUCACAGCACACUAAGUGUGUGCCCUCAGGCCCCUACUCCACUACCACAUAUCUACAACACAAAAUCCAUGUGUACGUGUGUGUAUAGAGCAUAUGUUAUCAUGUAUGCAUGUGUCUGUGCCUAUGUUUGUGUUGCUUCACAGUCCCCGCUGUUCCGUAAGGUGUAUUUUUAUCUGGUUUUAAAAUCUGAUUAGUUAAUUGCAUGAACAUUGCAUAAAAAAAUAUAUUUAAGGUAUCCUAACAAUUACACAUUGAUGUAAGAAUAUGACUUUGAAAAUGCCUUUAGAAAAUGUAUUGAUUACGGAAUGAAAAGGAGCUAAUUUUUUUUAUUUUUUGUAUAUUGCUAAGGGAUAUUGUACUUUGACAGGUCAUUUUGUAUUACAUAUUCAGUUUUACAAAGAAUACGCAGUGAGUAGAGCUAUAUUGAGCCUACUUCCUUAUUUUUUUAAAGGAAAUGCUUAAGAUAUUCUAAGGAAAAAUACAUGAUGCAGCUCAACACUAGAUCUAUUUCAAAUAAUCAUUACAGGAAUCUUAGAUGUCAUAGAGUAAAAAUUGUAACCACAUAUUUCACACUUUUUUUUUCUUAGUGUAGACACAGCAGGAAAAUAUAAAGUACCUUGAACUUGGAAUCAGAAGAACCCUGCCAUUCACUAGUUCCUGCAACAACAAGCACCAUCAAGGAUGGAAGCAAACCUCUCCAAUAUUUCUGACAGCAUCACAUCAAAUAAGAGCCUCAUUGAAACCAUUGUAUGUUGGACAACAUUCUCCAUUGGUCUUCCUCUGAUCUGUCUGGCCAUUUAUGCCAUGUACUUCCUGAUCAGAGCUGAUCACAUUGCUCCAGUCUAUGUUAUCAACCUACUUAUUGCAGAUCUCAUUCAGAUUUGCAUGAGGCCAAUCAUACUGUUCAGUAACGGGGAAUUUGUAGUGAUUUUGAUUGAAUUCUUUGGUAUCAGUGCAAGCAUUGGUUUCAUGGUAUGCAUUGCUCUCGAGAGAUACCUUGUGAUUGCAUUUCCUCUCUGGUACCGUUUUCGCCGUAACAUCAAGUACUCGCUCAUAGUGUCCUCCAUUAUCUGGGUGUUUCCUUUUAUCCAAAUCUCCCUGUUUUUCCUCUCACCGACUUUUGAGAUUUCACUUAUUUUGUUUGCAGCUAUCCUCCUCAUCCCCAUCCCACUGCUUGCGUUCUUCCUAGUGGGCACAUUGAAAGCUCUGUCCGUCUCCAUCGCUGUGCCAGCCGUUGAACAGAGACGGAUUAUUGGUACCCUGGCCCUUGUGCUGGGCAAUUACACAGUCCUGUUCCUACCCCUCAUCAUACAAACUCUGAUAUCAGGGGUAACAGCCCAACACAAUGUGGAAAUUGGGACAAUCUUAGAGAGUUUCAGCCCCCUUGUGGAUCCUCUGCUCUAUGUGUUCAUGAGAAAGGGAGCUAAGGAGACUCUUCUGGCCUUUCACUGCUUCGACAAGCUGAUGGGUGACCAGGAGCAGAGUCAGGUCACAAACACUAUGACCAUGACUGAUACUGGAGUAGAAGGCUCCAGGUAGGACAGGUCCAGGAUAAUGGACUGUAGCUGUAUGAUUCACUAUGUAUAGUUCCUAUCAAGCAACCAAAUAUGUAUUUUGUUAACAUUAUACCUUGUUUUUGUUGUUGUAGUUAGAAUGUGAAGAGUACAUGCCUUUAUAGUUAACAUACAAUGCAUAACAUACUGUAUUGUACACAGGCCUAUUGUGCAUUGCCCUAUCUUUGAUGGGCUUGUAUUGCAGCUUUUCAGAAAUAUAUGGACUUUCCUUACUUCAAUAAAUUGAUACUGUGGAUAUUUGAGAUUGCUCUUUCUAUUAUUUUAUCCCCAUUCUCUCCCUGAGUCCCUCUAAAAAGAGAACACUAAAAGUGGUCAUGUUAUAGACAGUUUAUUCAGAUCCCAAUAUGAGUACAAGUGCAUUCACAUAGACAUACAAGCCCAUGUCUGUCGUAGCUAUGACAUUUGAGUUCAGUUUGAGUUCACCAUACAUUGGGCAGACAUAACAUAACAUGUCAUUACAUGGGCAGGUGUAAUAUUACAUGUCAUUACAUAGGCAGAGAUGUUGGCCGACAUGUCACCACAUGUCACCAUCCGCUAGUACUCUUUGAGUCAUGCAGAAGUCUGGCUGCAGGCUCUCAAUGGUACAGUCGGAAGUGUCCAUGUUACAGAGGCUGCAGUCACAGCUCAGAGCCACAGGGUAGGUGACAUGAGGGUCCACCCAAGGGGGACAGUCAGGUAGGCAGAUCGAGAUCUACGGCAGAGGUAAGGAAACCUCCGCUGCUGUGAUAACAGCCCUUGGUGGGGCUGGCUGACCAAUGUUCAACCACACAACAAGGCACUCCAGUGAACUGCUGGGCUGUCAGGUGCUGCUUGGUAGAACUCCUCUGUCUGCAACGCCUCAUCAUCAAGUAGAGAGGGCAGUGAGUCAGAUACUAUGGUACUUUUAGUACCUGACAUUAGGAUUGUAACAGAUGGUGGUAGAAAUAACAUAAGGAUGGAAGUAUAAACAUGUAAGAAGGGUUUCAAAUAGCUGUAUCUGCUAACUCGUUGUUACUCAUAAUGCCUACUCAUGUCUCAGAUAAAAACAAGCCACAUCAACCCAACCUGAGGAAUCUUUGUUAGCUAAUUACCAGCUUCACUACAAACCGGACACACUUUUGCCAUUUUACUGUUUCUGGCUAUUUCUGUUAUUUAGGAUCAUAUGGGUUCUUCCUCGAAUUAAAAAAAUAGACUCUAAAUGACAUUGCCACGAGCUGCACCGCAGAUAUUGAGAUUAGCAAGUUGCAAGACUGCUGUCACACACAGAAUCUGCGCAUGUGCACAGGUUCACUUCACGCUGUAACAGCGUGGUAGCCAGGGCACCAAACCAGCAGAGAAGUUGAGCCUCGCGCUUCAACACUCUUAGUUGUUGUGGAAAUUGACCAACUGCUGUUUACUUUCUGCAUCUGUCAUAUCGCUGAGUCUAUCUUUUUAAAAUCGCUUUAUUCUAGAAUCAGCCUCCCAGUCGCUCAGCUUUAUUGAUCAAGGAGAAGUGGAAGUGGUAGCUUGUCUUUUAGUUGAAAACACUGGUGGUUCAUUCUGUUAAACUCAGCGUCUCGCCUGUGGUUUGAACCUCAUAGCUCAGCCUAUUAAAAGCUGCUUUCAUCUAUGCAUUUUAAAAGAAAGCUCUGAAUCCAAAUAUAUCCUCAUGGCAACCCCUUCAGUUUUAUGGUAGGACGGACCUGGGUAUUUCUAAUGCCUGGCUUGUUUACCCUUAAUUGGGCUGAUUCAGGGAGACUGACAAUCCCAGCAACAGAUGGUGUAGAUUAGGCACACAAUUAUUGCCUUUUACAUUACUUUAUGAGCAGCGCAAGCUGGCAAUUAUUUACUGUGUGUGUCUUUAUGAGAGAGUGAGUUUGCCAAAACUGACACAGUUUAUAAAUUCUGUGCAAUGGAUGUGCCGUGUGUCUCUGUGUCAUUCAUGGAGAGAGUGCAUGAGUUAUUGAAAUUCUGAUCAGCAGGCAGCCCAAUUAGUGAACAGGAGUUAGUAGCAGGGUGGAUCAGAGGGGCGGGAACAGGGCUCUGGAGAUCCCCAUCAGCUACACCCAUCAUGGAGCUGGGAGCUAUAAGGACUGAUGGAGCUAUAAAGACCUUCCACUACCUUCCUUAGACUGCCUCAGCCCGUCACAACAGACUACAAUACUACCCCCACACUCACCUCAAACACAGCAAUUCCGUUCUUUUACUUUUAGAUCUGUGUGUAUUGUUGUGAAUUGUUAGAUAUUACUGCACUGCUGGAGCUAGGAACACAAGCAUUUCGCUACACCCGCAAUAACAUCUGCUAAAUAUGUGUAUGAGACAAUACAAUUUGAUUUCAUUUGAACACCCCCCCACACUCAACUCAAACACAGCAACACCACCCGCCCCACACUCAACGCCACUCACCCCAACUAACCUCAAAUACGGCAACACCACCCCACACUCACCUCCACCCACCCACACUCACCUCCACCUGCUCCACACUCAUCUCAAACAUAGCAACACAGCCCCACCCGCCCCACACUCACCUCCACCCGCCCCCACACUCAUCUCAAACACAGCAACACCACCCCCACCCGCCCCACACUCAUCUCCACCCGCCCCAACUCAUCUCAAACACAGCAACACAGCCCCACCCGCCCCACACUCAUCUGUGAACUUCCCACCCACCUCUACUAGUACUACUGUUGUGUGCUAUGAAUCUUUGUAUAGUGUUUUUGACUUCCUCUGUGUGAUCUGAUCAUUGUCCUGAUCUUUCAGAGUUUGCCUAUGGAGGACACCCAUAUCCAUUUUCAGGGAUAUUUGAGAUAACGCCAGGGGAUGCCACAGAACUCGGGGAGACAUUCAAAUUCAAGUGAGUAUCACGGCUUAAAUCGAGGGUUUCUUGAAAAACAAGGUAUGGUUAGUUGCCUAGUUGAGCUAAAACAUGAGAACAUCCUUAAACCUGUUUGUAGUGGAACCAGUACUGUUGUUGACGUUUUGGUAGAUAUGUUUACUUAUGUGUUCUUUCUUCACUGCUUGUGAUGGAUUCUGAAAACUGGUCAUUUCUAUUCAUAAUGGUCAAGUUUUUUUUUUCUUCUGUUAAGCAGAACAUAGGAUCACGAGAAUACCGAGAAGUCACAUAGGAUUUCUGCCUCAAGCGACACUGAGGAUCACAUGAAUAGCUAAUGGUUACUGACAGUUUUUUUCUUCAAUUGUUGUAGAGACAACCUGCAUAGCCAAUUUAUUUUCUUUAUCUAGCAAUAAUUUUGUGACAAGGAUGCUCCCUAAAAUGGUCAUCAUUAUUUACUGGCUUGUUGAAGUGUCUAGCCUUUACAGCUAUGUUCAAUGAAGCACACUGUUACAAUUAUAGUGAUGGAGGAGGAAGAAGAAGAGUGAAAUCUCAGCUGGACUUACAUAGAAUGUUAUUUACACACUUGCCUGUAUAAGAGUACAGAAGAACGUGUGAGUGGAGUUGGGGUGUUUCUACAGCAUGUCCUUGCCGAUGUGCGUGCAUUCAUGCAAGCCCCUAGUUGGCGUCUGGCUACUUUUGAUUGUGUGUGUACUGUGUGUGUGAGGCUUGAGCGAGUGGCUCUGUAGCUUGUUUGCAUAAAUGAUGCUCUAGUUGAGCAGCCCCAUGGCACUGGAGUGUCUCUGCUACUGAUGCCAAUGAGUAGAACAUGUUCUAAAUAAACGUUCUGUGUAUGGUUUGUUUAUUUCUUUGUGUGUGUGUACACCUGCUAUGGGAGGAUACUAUAUGGGAGAGACGAUAAAACAUCACAGUAAUGUUGGUUGGAUGACGCAAUUGUUUUGCGUUCUACAUAAAAACAACUUGCAGGAUCUUCUAUAUAAUCAUUUCCAGGGGUUGCCUAACUAUUGUCAUGUCCUCCCUCACAUAAUGCCUCCAGCAUCCAUUUUCCUAACUUACCUUUAUCUAUAUAGCUCUAUGUGCACUCUACUUAUUUGUAUAUAAUGUAUGUAAACUCUGUGUAAACUCCUCUGUCUGUAUUCUGUCUCUAAAUGUUGUCUAUCACGAGCAGCACCAUAUCACUAAGUAACAUUCAGAGUGUGUGUAAAUGUCCUUGGCGAAUGAAGAUGAUUCUCAUCUUCUGAUGGUGGUUGUUGAGUGAUAAGGCUGCUCCUGUUUAUGUACAGCAAUGCUCCGAAGAUACUGUAGUUGCUAACACCGUGGUCCAUUUCUCGCCCACAGCUCAGACAUGCUGCAUUUUGGUUAGGCUGAGUCACUUCUGUGAAGAUGAAGAGCUUCAUCUAUAAUUGAAGUGAACUCUGCCUGUGUAGUCAUUACUCAGAUGGGCCGGUCUGUUGUGUAGAUUCCAUGCAUAGCAUUUUUUAUCUAAAAUGAUAAAAGGUAGAUUAUGAAGUCUUUAGGCAACAUUUUACAUCCGCAAAACUGCCCUUGAGCUCUGCAAAUAAUCUUGAAUAGUCACAAUAAGUAGGAAUUAUAAUUUCUCAUUUUAAAAUGUAAAACAUUGCCUUGUAUGGUGAAAAAAGGUGCUUAGAAUUGACCUUCUCCUCUGUGUUGAUCCUGUUCCUGGCAUCAGAGAGGCCAUUGUUCUGGGCAGCACAGACUUCACAGAGGAGGAUGUGGAGCGCAUUGUGGAGGAGCUGGGGAAGGAGUACAAGGGGAAUGCCUACCACCUCAUGCACAAGAACUGUAACCACUUCUCCUCAGCCCUGUCGGAGGUAAGGGACGCUCUGAACAUUCACUCACUCACACACACACACACACACACACACACACACAUAUAUUAUUUAUGCCCAAGCUCUCCUUAAGGAAAGACAAAGGCCUAUAUCCCUGCGUUGUCCAGGGUGCGUCACAGUGGUCCACAUAAGACAAGAAUUCCAUCCUCCCCACCAGCUCACCUCUUGUCACCAGGGCUAGAGCAUUCUAGGUCAGGGUGCCUGGAUGUAGUGCCACUUUGCCCUGACGUUGAACCUGCCAGAUGCCAGGUCCAGCCUAGCACAGUCUCACAAAGAGCAGAGAAGGAGAAUCCUCCACACCCCACGGGACAGAUGACAAAUAUCUCAACCUGUGUUAGUUCAGUGUGUUGAGUAGAAGCCAAGCAAUUUGAGUUUAUAAGUACAGUGUUAGAGCAGAUUGGUGGAGCGGGUGAAUAAUGAGUAUGAUUACACCCAUCAUUUGUGUGGCAGACAGGAAUUAGAGAGCUCUGCUGCAAGCCCAGACACACUGCCCCAGCUGCCAGGCCCACUGCCCCAGCUGCCAGGCCCACUGCCCCAGCUGCCAGGCCCACUGCCCCAGCUGCCAGGCCCACUGCCCCAGCUGCCAGGCCCACUGCCCCAGCUGCCAGGCCCACUGCCCCAGCUGCCAGGCCCUGUCAUACACCACUGACAGAAACUCCUCCUGACUCAUACACCUACAUAUGCAAAUACAACACACACACAUAUACUAGCAAACACCUACAUAUGCAAAUACAACACACACACAUAUACUAGCAAACACCUACAGACAAACUCACUCUCUCACACAUGUAUGCUCACACAAUGUGACUGUUUGAAUAGAAUUCAUUGCAUAGUUGUCACGAUCGUCUACAACAGGAGACCAAUGCGCAGCGUUGCGAGUGAACAUGAUUUAUUAAAUAACGUAACCACGAAAAACAAAAGACGAUACGUGAAGUUCAACACUGAAUACAACUAUCAGCAACAAGGAAACAAAAACCCACAAACACAAGGUGAAAACUGACAGUUUAAAUAUGGCUCCCAAUCAGAGAUAACGAGCCGACAGCUGACACUCGUUACCUCCGAUUGGGAGUCAUCGACGACAACAUACAACAUAGAAAUACAACCACCAGACCUGCAGACAUAGAAAUACACCCAACAGACUACCAACAUAGAAAAACACCCAAAUCCCCAACAAAACAACAUACACUCUAGCUCACAAUACCAAGUCCUAGAGCCAGAGUGUCACAGUACCCCCCCCUAAAGGUGCGAACUCCGGGCGCACCAGCCCACAGUCUAGGGGAGGGUCUGGGUGGGCGUCUGUCCACGGUGGCGGUUCUGCCCCUGGUCGUGGUCCCCAUCCCACCUUAGUCACCACCCGCUUCCCUAGCCUCCUCCCAAUGACCACCCUCCAACUAACCCCACCUGGACUAAGGGGCAACACCGGACUAAGGGGCAGCCCCGGGAUAAGGGGCAGCACCGGGAUAAGGGGCAGCACCGGGAUAAGGGGCAGCACCGGGAUAAGAAGCAGCACCGGACUAAGGGGCAGCACCGGGCUAAGGGACAGUACCUGACUAAGGGACAGUACCUGACUAAGGGGCAGCACCGGACUAAGGGGCAGUAUCGGACUAAGGGCCAGCACCAGGAUAAGGGACAGCACCAGGAUAAGGGACAGCACCAGGAUAAGGAGCAACACCGAGCUAAGGGGCAGCACCUGACUAAAUGGCGGAUCCUGGCUGGCUGGCUCUGGCGGAUCCUGGCUGGCUGGCGGAUCCUGGCUGGACGGCUCUGGCGGAUCCCGGCUGGACGGCUCUGGCGGAUCCCGGCUGGACGGCUCUGGCGGAUCCCGGCUGGACGGCUCUGGCGGAUCCCGGCUGGACGGCUCUGGCAGAUCCUGGCUGGACGGCUCAUGGCUGGCUGACGGAUCUGGCUGCUCAUGGCUGGCUGACGGAUCUGGCUGCUCAUGGCUGGCUGACGGAUCUGGCUGCUCAUGGCUGGCUGACGGAUCUGGCUGCUCAUGGCUGGCUGACGGAUCUGGCUGCUCAUGGCUGGCUGACGGAUCUGGCUGCUCAUGGCCGACUGACGGAUCUGGCUGAUCCUGUCUGACGGAAGGCUCUGGCUGAUCCUGUCUGGCAGAAGGCUCUGGCUGAUCCUGUCUGGCAGAAGGCUCUGGCUGAUCCUGUCUGGCAGAAGGCUCUGGCUGAUCCUGUCUGGCGGAAGGCUCUGGCUGAUCCUGUCUGGCGGAAGGCUCUAGCGGCUCCGGUCUGGCGGACGGCUCUGAUGGCUCAUGGCAGACGGGCGGCUCUGCAGGCUUCAGGCAGACGGGCAGUUCAGGCCCCGUUGGGCAGACGGCAGACUCUGGCCGUCUGAGGCGCAUCAUAGGCCUGGUGCGUGGUGCCGGAACAGGAGGUACCGGGCUGAGGACACGCAUCUCAGGGCUAGUGCGGGGAGAAGCAACAGGGCAUGCUGGACCCUGGGGACGCACCGUAGGCCUGAUGCGUGUUGCCGGAACUGGAGGUACCGGGCUGAGGACACGCAUCUCAGGGCUAGUGCGGGGAGUCGGAACAGGGCAUGCUGGACCCUGGGGACUCCCAUAACGCCUAGUGCGGGGAGCAGGAACUGGCCGGGCUGGGCUGCCGACGCACACCGUAGGCUUCCUACGUGGCACAGGAACAGGCCGGGCUGGGCUGGCGACGCACACCGUAGGCAUCCUACGUGGCGCAGGGACAGGCCGGGCUGGGCUGGCGACGCGCACCGGACACUUGGUGCGGGUGGCAGGAACAGGCCGAACCGGGCUGGCGACGCGCACCGUACGCUUAGUGCAAGGGGCCGGAACAGGCCGGGCUGGGCUGGCGACGCGCACCGUACACUUGGUGCGUAUGGCAGGAACAGGCCGAACCGGGCUGGCGACGCGCACCGUACACUUAGUGCGAGGGACCGGAACAGGCCGUACCGUACGGGGAACACACACUACUGGCUGCACCUCGGGACUAGGAACGGGCCGGACCGAACUGGUUACACACCCCAGUACCUCACGCCGUGCCUCAACACCUUCCUUCCCUGCUUUACCCAGUAGCCCCCUUGACCUGGUAGCCCACUGAAUCCGUCCCUUCUCUGCCUCCGUCAGCCCCCUUAACCUGGCAGCCCUCUGACUCUGCCUUGUGGCAGCCUCCUGCUGCUCCGUCGCCCAAGCCAUGUGCCCCCCCCAAAAAAUUUCUUGGGGUUGCCUCUCUUCCACGGGCUUCCAGCCUCGCCUUCGCGCUGCCUCCUCGUACCACCUCCUCUCGGCUUUGGCUGCCUCCAGCUCUUCACGAGGGAGGCGAUAUUCUCCCGGUUGUGCCCAAGGACCCUUUCCGUCCAAUAACUCUUCCCAUGUCCAGACCCUCGGCUCCUGGACACGCUGCUUGGUCCUUUGGUGGUGGGUUUUUCUGUCACGAUCGUCUACAACAGGAGACCAAUGCGCAGCGUUGCGAGUGAACAUGAUUUAUUAAAUAACGUAACCACGAAAAACAAAAGACGAUACGUGAAGUUCAACACUGAAUACAACUAUCAGCAACAAGGAAACAAAAACCCACAAACACAAGGUGAAAACUGACAGUUUAAAUAUGGCUCCCAAUCAGAGAUAACGAGCCGACAGCUGACACUCGUUACCUCCGAUUGGGAGUCAUCGACGACAACAUACAACAUAGAAAUACAACCACCAGACCUGCAGACAUAGAAAUACACCCAACAGACUACCAACAUAGAAAAACACCCAAAUCCCCAACAAAACAACAUACACUCUAGCUCACAAUACCAAGUCCUAGAGCCAGAGUGUCACAAUAGUUCAAUGAUUUCCUCAGAGAACCCAGUGUAUUUGAACCAAAUUGUUCUAGAGAGAGGAAAUUAGGCUAAUUGUCAAUUCUUACAGAGCAUUCUGUCUUCUCCCAUCAUUUACACCCCUUGGUCUUGUUGAUUCCCAUCUUUAUAAUGAAACACUGCACUAGUGCAGUGGGUAUUCACUUCUGUGGCCGUUCCUGUCUAUUAGGGACUGUCUUUAGCUGUGAAGUACGUGUGAAUGUGUUUCCUGGGGACGGUGAAGAGGGAGGUGACUAAUACUCAGAUGUCUCUAACACUGAUAAUCCUCUCUUCAUUUGAAAGGCAAAUGAAGUGGGCCUGAUGACACUCUGGAUAAGAACAUAUUUACAGUGAAACCAGCACCUCUUCCUCUUGAAGUGUUGAAACACUCAUUUAGCUCGUAUCAUUUUGUUAACACUGCUACAACCACACACGUCUAGUAUGACUCAAUGUAUGACUAUAUUGUGUAGACUGAGUCAGAGCGUUGUUUAUAGUCAUUUGUGAUUCCCACCCCAAAAAAAAGUAUAUUAAUGUAAGCAAAUAAUUUUAAGAUGUAUCUAUGCAUAGCCUAGAUAUGUAAUCUUGUUGUAGAGUCCUCUCCCUAUUGGAUGAUAGAAUUGUUCAGGAAUAGAAUGGAGAUGUCUGCCUCAGGCAUACAGCGCUUCUCUCUCUUCCUUGUUGUGUGGGAAGGAUCUGUUUGACAGUUUCAUUUUCUGACAGCCUGAUUUGCUCGUGGGAUUAUGCGUGAUUGCUCCACAGUGAAGGAAUCUGUGAGAGAGAACUUUGAAUGGGAUUAGCUCUGCAAAGACCACCACAGAUCCCCAGCUCUAGGUGUGAUAGUUAUUUAUUUCAGACCUGUUAGGUUUCUGUGCAGAAAUCCUACAUCCAGGACGGCAGCCUAUCAUUGUCUUUCAUUUCUCUGUGGUCUAUUUUAGGUGAUAAUUUGCAAAAAAAUGAUGAUACUGUAUGGGAGAACACAGCAUUCCUACUGAAACUGAUUUCUCAACCGCAGAGAAUCAAUCGACCGAUUGGUAGCCUAUUUCUCAUGGGUAGCCUAUAUAGACAUAUUGUCAUUGGUAGCCUACAUCAAGCCUCAUGAGCAAUGUCUUGCCUUUUCAUGUGAAAUGUAGGCGAAGACUAACAACCUCACAAUUACAUUGUGCAGUUGUGAACAUUAAUGUCACUGCUCACAAGGAUGUUAACCCACACACAAUUGAAGCCCAUCACUGCAGGCUUGUUUGAGGCGUUAAGGCUAUUUUAUAGCUCCAUCCCAUCAGGCCACAGCCUCCAGAAUGAUUAUCCUCCUCUCUGCCUCAGUGCUGCUGCUGUUAUCAUCACACUUAGCUUGUUUUUCACAGCCAGAGGCUUUCCCCAUCCAAUACCUGGUUUUUCCAAAGUGGAAUACUUCCAUUACACGUCAAGAGGACUAAAGAUACAAAUCUACAGCUAAUACCACUUUGAAAGAAAGGGCAAUUUGUGUUUCUCUGCAUUUACUGGGUCAGUUUGUUGGUUUGGUGUUCGCUUUGGACCACAAGGUUUGAAAAUAUUGGUUUUAUGGUUGCACUAUUUUCACAGGAAAUAUAUUUUUAUCGUGAUGUGAGAAAUUCUAAGAAUGUCAUAUGUGUUAGAGAAGCGAGAGGGGACAGAUAACAAUUCAACACCGGUGUCUUUGUCAGAGUCUUGACCAGAAGUAAACUCUUCCAUUCACUGGGGUGAUAACAUGUUACUGUGCUGAGCAAAAGGAAUGGUCCUGGCUAGUGGCCAUUAAUGAAGUCAUUACAUUGUAAUGAUGUCCGUACUUAGCAAGACGAUACAUCCACACUAUUUUCACAUUGUAAUAGCACCCAGUCCAUCAGAUGAAUAAGGGUCCAAUUGAAUACAGUCUAGUGGAGUACAUUCCAAUACCUCAAUGACCAUUAGCUAUAUCCUGCUUAGUAGGGCCAAAUGCCUUACUGCUACAGUAUCAGCAGAUCCAUUUCCAGUAAGGCCUAGCACUCUAGUAUCAGGUAUCAGUGCUGCAUGUCUCUGUUCUACUCUGCGCUCUUCCUGUCUGUCCAUCAGAUCCUGUGUGGCAGGGAGAUCCCGCGCUGGGUGAACCGGCUGGCCUACUUCAGCUCCUGUGUGCCCUUCCUGCAGAGCUGCCUGCCCAAAGAGUGGCUGACCCCGGCCGCCCUGCAGUCCAGCGUCAGCCAGGAGCUCCAGGGGGAACUGGAGGAGGCAGAGGACGCCUCCGCCUCUCUGGCCUCCAUGAGCUCCAUGCCUUCCCCCUCCCUCUCCUCCCCCCUCCAGGCUGCCCAGGGUUCCCCGACAUCAGCCCCGCCGAUAGGACUAGUCCCAGGGUUCACCAUUGCCUUCAGUGACAGGCUCUGGCAGGGCCCCUCCACAUGGACAGGCUUACUGUACUGUACACCACUCUGCCAAUAG